AUGGCGCAUCACAACAUGCUCAAUCUCGACCCCGCACAGGCGUUGUUCGAACAGCUCCUGCAACACGACCCGUACCGCCUGGCUGGUAUAGAUACGUACAGCAACAUUUUAUACAUCAAGGAAGACCGCCCGAAGCUCAGCCACUUGGCCUACACGGCGAGUGUCAUAGACAAAUACACGCCGGAAGCUUGUUGCGUAAUUGGCAAUUACUACAGUUUGCACAGCGAACACGAAAAGGCGGCACUGUACUUCGAACGUGCCCUCAAGCUCAACCCGCGCUAUUUGGCGGCGUGGACGCUAAUAGGACACGAGUACAUCGAAAUGAAGAACAUCGCAGGCGCUAUCACCGCUUACAGGAAGGCGGUCGACAUCAACCGGCACGAUUAUCGCGCCUGGUACUCUUUGGGUCAAACCUACGAACUCCUUCGAAUGCCACUCUAUGCGCUCUACUAUUUCGAACGUGCGUGCGAAUUGAGACCCCACGACGCCAGAAUGUGGUGCGCCAUGGCCGGAUGCUACGAAUCAAUCAAUCAUCUGAACAAUGCAAUUUUGUGUUACAAACGCGCCGAGGCUAACGAAGAUAAGCAAGGAAUUGUCUACAACAAACUCGGAAAGCUCUUCGAAAAGCUCGGAAAGCGCGAAGAAGCCGCCCAUUACUACAAGAAGAACCUCGAUCAAAGGGAACGAGAAUCCCUGGAAACGCAGGAUGUCAUCGAUGCGCUCCUCUUCCUCGCUCACUACUCAAAACACACAGGUGACACACAAAACACGGUUGCAUAUUGUUCCAGACUUCUAGACUUCGCAGGUAGAGAAAAAGAAGAAGCAAAGGCAAUCCUCCGCGAAAUACAUUCGUCUCAAACCCUCAAAACCGCAAGAUAUGCAGAGGGCCCACCAAACCAACCCGCUGCCGGUAGCGACCUCGAUGAAGAAGACGCCAUGGAAAUGGAAGAAGAAUGA